AUGCUGACUGACGCUGAUCUGGGCUCGAAUUUGCCUCCAAGGGCAAUGAGAGAAUCCAUGCAGAAGACGGCCCGAUUCAUAUUGAAGAACGGACCCGAUUUCGAGAAGAAACUCAUCGAAAACGAUAAGAAUGCCCUAUUCACCUUCCUCAACCCCGAGGACAUUCACCAUAAAUACUACCAAAGUGUUCUCAAACGACAGAAAAUUGAAUUAAAAAAUAAGCCCGAGUUGAGCAAAGACCCGGGCCAAAAAAGCACCCCAGCCAGGAAACAGCCCAUCGAUCUCUCCUUCAUAUCCAACUUGCCACCGAUGAGCUUUAGAGAUCUCCAAGUGAUGAAGUUAACUGCAAAGGCAGUCGCUGCCAAUGGUGAUGAUUAUAGCACCGGAUUCCAGAAACAUAUCGAAAAAACAGGAAGGCAGACUGAAUUUGCGUUUCUACGCCCAAAGCACUCAUAUUAUAAGCUCUACAAGCAUUAUUUAGAUUGGUACAAAGGUCUCAUCGAUUACUCGGGUGGAGCUGGCUCCAAUCUUGAAAAAAAAAUCACCGAUGCCUUAAACCUUACUCUUGAUGGGCUUAUGACUCGUGCAUACGAGCGCGCUGCAUUUGAGAAGAGCACCAAAAUAGCCAAGCGAAAUAAAGAAGCGGACAUAUUGGCUAGACAAGAGCACUACGCUUCUAUCAAUUGGCAAGAUUUCACGCUUGUAGCGCGAGUGAAUUUUGAUGCCGUGGAUGAGGUUUCUGAGCUUCCUGCUCCACUUACGUUAGAAGAAGUAAUGUCUAGAUCGUUGGCAACAAGAGCCAAGACACUCGAACUUAAGUCCGUUCCAUCUGUAAAACAACCUAUCGAGUCCACUGAAGAGGUCAUGUCUUCGGGCAAAGCUGAUGAAGUGCAUGCUCCAAACGAAGAGAUGACCGCCGGCCGAAAGGCGCCGAAGGGAAUGAAAAUCAAAGCUGCGGGCGAAUCCAGACUAAAAAGAAAAGAGCUUUCAAAAUCUACCAUUACGUGUCCAUUGACAGGCGAAAAGAUCGCCGAGGAUGAAUUCGACAACCAUUUAAAAACUAUACUCCGAGACCCAAGAUAUCAAGAACAACAAGACAACUACAUGAGAAAAAACUUUACCUACGCUUCUAACUUGACAACAGACCAAGUUUAUGAAAAUAUAAAAAACCUCGUCAAAAAAGCCAAUUUCUCUGAAGAAGAGCAGGCGGUUCGGGCAAAACGUUCCAAAAUGGAACGUGAGCCCAACUAA